AUGCGACAGAGUCUGCCAGAGCUAUACGAGACAAAGAAGAGAGAUCUUCUUGAAGCACUAGGCAGGAUUGAUUACUGCUCUCUGACAACUGAUUUAUGGACAUCAAGAGCAAAUAUGGGAUAUAUAACAGUUACCUGUCAUUUCAUCACAUCAGAUUGGUCCCUUAAAUCAGCUGUUUUAUCGACAAAACAUGUUGAUGAGUCCCACACAGCAAUCAAUCUUGCUGCGAUCCUCAAAGCCAUCACAGAUGAAUGGAAUAUAACUGACAAAGUCUGCUGUGUAACAACUGAUAAUGCUGCAAACAUUACAAAUGCAAUCAACCACAAUUCAUGGAAAAACUUACCAUGCUUCGCUCACAAGAUAAAUCUUGUUGUGACAAAUUCACUUUCUGAGCUACCUGAAUUGUCAUCGUUGAUACAGUCAGUGAAGAACAUUGUCAGCUAUUUUCAUAGAAGUACAAAGGCUUCUGACAAGCUAAAGGUCAUUCAAGCUCGACUCAAUUUACCAGAGCAUAAGUUAAUCCAACAUGUUGACACCAGAUGGAACAGCGUCUUCUAUAUGCUACGAAGGUACUUGGAGCAGGAUGAAGCAAUUCGAACAACACUGUGCCUUCUCAAUCGUAGUGACUUACUCAUAGCAAGUGAUAAGACUGCAAUACUCAAAGAAGCUGUUGAUACUCUUCAGCCAUUUGAAGCUGUCACAACUGAGAUGUCAUCAGAAAAAUAUCUGUCUGCUUCAAAAAUUAUCCCAUUAGCAAAAUCACUUAUGAUGAUAUCCAGCCAAAAAACAAGCGAAUUAGCAGCAAAACUCCUUCAUCAUACAGUGGCGGAGCUGGAACUAAACUGA